GGAUUGCUGAGACAGGUCUCAUCAGCAGAGCUGCUGGGAGAACCUUCUGUCUGCAGGCUUCACAGGAAAAGGAGAAAGCAGCGUCGCUUUUGGAGCAGCAGGCCUUGUUUUUGACUGCAGAGGGUCUGCCACCACACUGAGAACAUGAGCAUCCACGAGUUCAACCACUCUCUGGACCACUUCAACGGCACGCCGUGGUUCGUCUUUGAUUGCACCAUCGAGCUCAACAUUAACCACAAGCGCAUCGCCCUCUUCCUCCUUUACCUCUUCAUCUUCAUCGUGGGCCUGCUGGAGAACCUGCUGGUCGUCUGGGUGAACUGGCGUCGGCGCCACUCUGCAAACGGGGUCCUCUUUUGCGUCAUCAACGUGAGCCUGUCUGACCUGAUGGUGAUUGUGAUCCUGCCUUUCUUCAUGCUGGAGGUGACCAUGGACCGGGUGUGGCUGUGGGGCCGCUUCCUCUGCAAGGUCACCAACCUCAUCUAUGUGGUGAACUUCUACAGCAGCUCCUUCUUCCUAGCCUUCAUGACCCUAGAGCGCUACCUGUCCCUGACCAGACCGUCGUCCCCGACCAUCUUCCCUGUGAUGGGCAGGCAGCGCUGGCUGCUCUGUGGUGGCCUGUGGCUCUUCUCCUUGUUCCUGGCUCUCAUGGAGAACGUCCAUGUGGAUCUUCUGGAGUGGGACGAACCCGGCUGCUACAUGAUACCCGAGUUCAGCCACACCGAGUGGUACGUCUCUGUGGCUUUUCUCUGCCUGCUCUUCCAGUUCCUCGGCCCCGGUUCUGUCAUCAUCACCUGCAACGUGCUGAUCGCCCGGGCGGUCCGGACGGCGCCUGAUGUGCAGGGUCGCCGUGACAUGUGGCUGGUGCACGUGUACUCCCUGGUGUUUGUGGCGUGCUGGCUGCCCUUCCACCUGGUCAUGAUACUGAUGAUCAUAGACGACCUCCACCCCUUCAUGUUCACCUGCAACAUGACGGAGGCGCUGUACUUCUCCUUCAGCGCCGUGCAGUGUCUCUCCCUCUUCCACUGCGUGGCCAACCCCCUGCUCUACAACUUCCUCAGCAAAAGCUUUCGGAACAACCUGAUCAACACGGUGAUCGACCGCAUACCGCGACCGGCCGCCGCAAACCAGGUGGAGGCGGGGGCCAAGCCAAACACUCCCAAUGGGGGUGAGGGUGACCCGGGGAAGCAGAGCAAGUUUAGUGAAGCCAGCACCAGUCAGUCUGAUGUGGAGUCAUAAAGAACAGCUCCUUCUGAGCAGAACUGAGGCCGCUUACAACUGGGCUACAAAUUAUCAUUUACUCCCAGCAUGUAUGUGAUCAGUUUUAAACACAGCAAGGCAGGAAAUGCUUGCUGUUCUGCCAAGCUGCUCAACUCCCACAGGACCUAGAGGCAAUGACUAUAAUCUCCAAAGGGGAAGAAAUCUGCCACACCAGGAAUGUGUGUAAACAAAUCUGCUGCAGACUCAAGACGUACAGGAGUGGAAUUAAAUCAACCCAGCACACCGCUAAGUCCUUAUUUAUCUCUUUCUGGAUGCUGAUGUGGUCAUAAUCUGAUAACAUGCAAUAAAACAUCCUCACAUAAUG